ACAUCUUCGGGUCGCGCAGGUACCACCAGGUACCACCGGCUAUAAUAAACCUGUUUACACGGUAACCGGGACUUUAUUUUUCUUACAUAAAAACACUUUUGUUUGUUCGGACUAUUGUUUAGUGUCUUUAGUGUAACAGCAAUUGCUGGAUGGUAUACUUGCCCGCUCAACCAACAGACCUGUGCUCCAGUGAGGAUUUUUCAGUGAUGCUGCUACGCUCCUCGGUGUGUUUAUAACCGAGAGGUUCUCUGAUCUCUCGAUCGGCCAUAUUGCAUACCACAGUGAGCGAGAGGCCGAUAGGGCCUUAAUAGUGUGUCGGAGCGAGACCGAGUGAUAACUGAAGAUAUUACAAGGGGCAAGGGACUGUGGAAUGUUAGAUUGAAGAAUAGACGACUCCUGGACACGUGGAUUUCAGUAGGAAGAAUAUCUGUGAUAAUGCUUAGCUAGUGAUCGUUUUAAAACGAGGAAAAUGUUGAGCCUUGAAAAUAUUCGAGUCUCAACGUGCUUUUUGUUGGUGGUUUUGGUGGGCGCUCAAGGGCCUGGACCUGGUCCUGGAAGAAGGGACAAGUAUGCCGAUCAAAAUAUGCAGAGUAGGGCGGUGGAUACGAGGGUGAACUUUGAAAUACCCGAGGGGCAACCCAAGGGUACCGUGGCUGGAAAAAUCCCUACGAAACCAGGAUUCACUUAUCGUUUCAACGAGGCUCCCAGGGAAUUUAUCCUGGAUCCGGUCACAGGUGAGAUCAAGACCAACGUAAUCCUGGAUCGGGAAACGUUGAAAAAUGACCGCUACGACUUGGUGAUCCUUUCCAGUCAGCCCACAUAUCCGAUUGAAGUUCGGAUAAUCGUCACUGAUAUAAACGAUAAUUCUCCGGAGUUUCCAGAGUCGAGUAUCGCGAUCAGUUUUUCGGAAAGUGCAGUGGCCGGUACGAGAUUGCUGUUGGAUGCAGCCACCGAUAAGGAUAUUGGUGUUAAUUCAGUGAGUGAUAAUUAUAAAAUAAUUGCGGGAAACGAGGAUAAAAAGUUUAGGUUAGUGGUGACGACGAAUCCCACGGGGGAUUCGUCGUAUUUGCAUCUGGAAACCACCGGGAAGCUGGAUAGGGAGACCCAGGGAUUUUAUAAUUUGAAUGUUAGUGCACAGGAUGGCGGGAAACCUCCAAGAUACGGCUACCUCCAAGUAAACGUCACCAUCCUAGACGUAAACGAUAACCCACCAAUAUUCGACCAUAGCGACUACAUCGUUUCCCUCAACGAGAGUGUACCCCCAGGCACUCCCGUACUCCAAGUAAUGGCCACAGACAACGAUUUAGGCGAUAACGCUAAACUAACCUAUUACCUAAACGAUAACGAACGACAGUUCACAGUAGAUCCAGAAACGGGAGUGAUAUCGACGACAGAACCACUAAACUGUCCGGCACAACAAAACUGUCCGCAAAGCAAGAGUAGCUGUCCGAAAAGUUGCGUUUUCACGGUGUUCGCUAGGGACCAUGGGAUGCCAAGGCAGGACGGCAGGACUUAUGUAACUGUAAACUUGUUAGAUGCAAACGAUCACAGUCCGGUGAUUAAGUUUAGGUAUUUUCCUGCUACCGCUGGAUUUGCUACUGUAGACGAGAAUGCUGGAAAUGGGUCUGUGGUCGCUGCUGUUAGUGUGGUUGAUCAGGACGAUGGACUGAAUGGCGAAACCACUGUCAAAAUAGUCGCAGGUAACGAGCUAAACAACUUCCGCCUAGACUACACCCCCAGUUUCGAUAUAGUGCGUGUAAACGGAGUCCUAGACAGAGAAGAAAUCUCCAAAUACAACCUGACAGUCGUAGCCACUGACAAAGGUAACCCCCCAAGAACCGCCACUGCUUUCCUAAUCAUUCAUGUCAAUGACGUCAAUGAUCACGAGCCAGUGUUUGAAAAAAGCGAGUACUCAGCUAUCCUAAGUGAACUGGCUCCACCUGGGACCUACGUGGCUGGAAUAACUGCCACAGAUGAAGACACUGGGGUUAACGCUCAGAUUUAUUACGCUUUUGUUAGUGGCAAUGAGAACCAGUGGUUCAAGAUCAAUCAGGACUCUGGACUGAUAACCACAGUGGCAGCUCUGGAUAGGGAGGUGCAAGGCACGGUGGAGUUGAACAUCAGUGCCAGAGAUGGAGGGCCUAAUCCCAAAUGGGCUUACACCCAACUAAAAGUUACCAUCCUAGAUGAAAACGAUGGCUCUCCAGAGUUUUCUCAAUCAAGAAUCAACGUGUCCCUCUCAGAAAGCACCCCACCUGGAACCCUAGUAGCCAUGCUUACAGCAGUAGAUAGGGACCAAGGCACCAAUGGCUCGGUAACAUACUCCCUACACUCGAACGUCAAGCAAAAAUACGACGAAACCUUUUUUCUGGAUUCACUCACCGGACAAUUAACCACAAAGAAAAAACUAGACAGGGAAGAGGUGCCUUUCUACGAGAUUCAGGUGGUGGCAAGAGACCAAGGCAUUCCCCCACAAAGCAGUACUGCCACAGUGUUUCUAAGAGUCCUAGACGAGAACGACAAUGCUCCAGAAUUUUAUCCACAAAAGUACUUUAAAGCUGUGGCGGAUGAUUUGAAAAUUGGCUCGUCAGUUUUGAGAGUGACCGCAACAGAUCUGGAUGAAGGAGAUAAUUCUGUUGUCACUUACAAAAUCGAGGAUCAACUAGACAGCUUGUUUUCCAUUGAUCAGUUUACUGGGGUGAUCACUCUUAGGGGGAACCUCAAGGGCAGCUCCAAGCACAUUUAUAGAAUACUUGUAUCAGCAAAAGAUAACGGAGACAUGCGAGCUACUGAAGAUGCAGUUGUGGAAGUAGUAAAGGAGAAAUAUAUGGAGGAGCUGACCUUUGAAAACUAUGGAGGAUAUGAGUUUCAGAUCCUAGAAGAUCUUGAUGACACAACAUCUUUUAAGCGUCGCAAUGUUGGUACAGUAAGCGUCCGUAACCACGAAGCAACUUACUCUAUAAUCUAUGGAGAUCCUCAUAAGAAUUUUUAUAUUAACGAGAACAGCGGUAAGAUCACUACAGCCAAGAAGAUUGAUAGAGAGCAAAGCAUAAGCUAUAGCUUAACAGUCAUGGCACGAUCCAGGCUUAGCUAUGGCAAGACCACUGUGAAUAUCAUUGUCCAAGACCUUAAUGAUAACAAACCGACAUUUUUAAAGUAUCGAGAUGAUAUUCGGCUGGAUGAAAACGUGGCUGUAGGACAAGAAGUCUAUUUGGCAAGAGCAAGAGAUUUGGAUUCUGGGAUUAAUAGUAGAAUCAGUUAUGCUUUGAGCUACAAUCCAGAGGACCAGUUUAGGAUAUCUGAAGCCACUGGAGUGAUUUAUUUAAAUAAGCCCAUAAGGGCAGAACCAAAUAGUAUUUUACACGUGGAGGUUACUGCUACUGAUAGUGGAGCACCACCGUUAUCAUCUAAGUUAACAGUGGAUAUUGCUAUAGCCGAUGUUAAUGAUCAUACACCAGUUUUUGAUCAUACUUCUUAUGAAACAUCUUUGCUGGAAAGUACCCCAGUUAAUGAUCGGUUCUUUGCUCUGGCUGCAAGCGAUGCUGAUCUGGAUUUGAACGGGAGGAUCACUUAUGAGAUCACCGAGGGUAAUCUUGAGCAAAAGUUUGGGGUUUUCCCAGAUGGGUUUCUUUAUCUUAAAAAAUCCCUGGAUAGGGAGGAAAAGGACUAUUACUCCCUUACGAUUAUGGCCAAAGACAUGGGAAACCCUUCGCGGUUUUCAGUGGUGCCCGUGGUCAUUCACGUGAUCGACGAGAACGAUAAUGCACCACAGUUCACCAACACUACAUUCACCUUUCAGAUUCAAGAGAAUCAACCGGUGGACUCUUUUGUUGGUAAACUGAUGGCAACUGAUAAGGAUAUUGGACGCAAUGCCGAGCUGAUAUUCUCCCUCUCCCCUCUCCAAACCAACUUUGCCAUCGAUCCAAAAAAUGGCUUCAUCAGAACCCUUCAUGUCUUUGACAGAGAAACUUUGGUUGAAAUUCAGGGCAAUAAUGUGAUUACUUUGGAAGCUACUGUAACCGACAAUGGAUCUCCUAGACUCAAAGAUAAAGUUAAAGUAAAUGUGUAUGUAACAGAUGAAAAUGAUCAUGCUCCCAAGUUUCUGCGGGCCCCUUAUAAGGUGCAAAUUUCUGAGGGCAGCACUGUGGGAGCUCAGAUUUUGAGGCUCUAUACUCAGGAUCUUGAUGAAGGUUUGAAUGGAGAUGUGUACUAUGCUAUCGUAGGAGGAAACGAGGAAAGAAGGUUUGAUAUUGAAGAGGCUACUGGUCAAAUUAUUUUAUCCAAGCAAUUGGAUCGGGAAACCACGUCAAAAUACACCCUUACUAUUCUAGCACAUGAUGCAGCUGUGGCAAAUCAGCUGAGUAACACCACCACAGUUCAGAUUGACGUGAGUGACGAGAAUGAUAACUCGCCAGAGUUCACUCAAAGUGAAUCCAAGAUCUCUAUCAGUGAAAUCACUGCUGUGAAUACUGAAUUGAUUAGGUUUAAAGCUAUUGAUAGUGACCUUGGGAUGAACAGCGAGGUGGUUUAUUCUAUAACCGCCGGUAAUAGGAAAGACACUUUCCAUAUUGACCAGAACACUGGUGUGCUGUAUCUGCAUAAGGCUUUGGAUUAUGAAGAGCUGUCCAGCUAUCAGCUAAACAUCACAGCGUCAGACAAUGGUAGUCCAAGGCUGAGCACCACAAUUUUAUUCUCGAUUGCUGUGGAGGAUGCUAAUGAUAACCCACCUUAUUUUCCUAGCACCGCUAUCGUGAGGCAACUAAAGGAGGGCAUACCUGUGCACACUCCUAUUGUGACGGUUACUGCCUAUGAUCCAGACUCUGGAAUAAAUGGAAAUGUAACAUACUCAAUCUCCUUCCAAGAACCCGACGAUUCUCACAGACAUUUCGGCAUAAACUCCGUCACCGGAGUGAUCCACACUCUGCUACCAAUAGAUCGGGAAGUCUACGACACUUUUCGCCUGACAGUGAUAGCAACCGAUAUGGCUGAACCAGCUUCAACCAGACUAAGUGCCGAGAAGCUGGUCACCGUCAUAGUGGAAGACAUCAACGACAACCUGCCGAUCUUCGUCAGCAUGAACGCCGCCCUACUCCCACAACAAAAAGAGAAGUUCUACCGUCAAGGCAUCACUGUAAUGAACGUAUUUGCCCGAGACAUAGACUCUGCCACCAACGGUUUAGUGACUUACGAGCUCGUAAGUGAUCCGAGUGAGCUUUUCAGGCUCGACCAAAGCACAGGCGCACUGAAGCUCAAAAAACCGUUGUCCAAUCCGGAGCCGACCUACAGAGUGAGCGUGAAAGCGACAGACGAAGCCGUCCAAUCGGAGCGACGAUCGUCCGAAGCGUAUUUAACGAUCAUCACCGAGUCGAAAGUGCCCGGACCGACUUUCGAGUCUGCGCGGUUUUCCGGUAGCGUGUUCGAGAACGAACCGGCAGGCACGUCGAUCCUGACCGUCACCGGGAAGUAUCACGGUAACGACCACGAGAUCGAGUAUUAUAUCACGAAUGUGACGGGUGACGGGGUGCAAGUAGACCGUUUGUUCGAUAUCGAUACGAAGUUGGGUGUGUUAUCGACCGCGACGGAACUCGAUCGGGAGGCCGGUGUCGAUACUUAUGAGGUGGAGGUUUAUGGGAUUGUUGUCGGAGGCGGUGGACCGAGAACUUCUAAGACUAAGGUCGAGAUUACGGUCCUGGACAAGAACGAUUCUCCCCCAGCGUUCCAGGAUGCCCCCCUUCACUACUCCGUAUCGGAGGACCUCGGUCCUGGACAACCAUUCGCCACGAUAAAAGCCGAAGAUCCGGAUACGAUCGGGCAACUGGAAUACAGCAUUUUACAAGGGGGCGAUGGAAAAUUCUCUCUGGAUAAGAAGAGUGGGGUGCUAAAACUUACAGACAGUCUAGAUAGGGAGACCAAGGACGUAUAUAAGCUUACAAUUAGAGCCAGUGAUGGGAUACAGACCACUGACACCGUCGUAACCGUUGAGGUGAACGACACCAAUGAUAACCCCCCAGUUUUCCUGGAGCAAGCCUACUCCUUCGACAUUCCAGAAAAUGCGAUCAGAGGGUCUAGAGUCGGACAGAUCAAAGCUACCGACGCUGACUUGGGCGUUAAUGCUCAGCUGACCUACACAGUGAUCAGCGAUUGGGCCAACGACGUUUUCUCCCUCAAUCCUCAAACUGGAGUUUUUACUUUGACUUCUAAGUUGGACUACGAGGAGGUGCAACACUACAUCUUGGUGGUGCAAGCUCAGGAUUCUGGAAUUCAUCCGUUGUCCAGUACUUUGACCGUUUAUUGUAACGUACUGGAUCUUAACGAUAACACGCCGGUUUUCGAUCCCAUGUCUUACAGUAACGAGAUUUUCGAAAAUGUUACUGUUGGCACCGAUAUUGUGACUGUUAGUGCUACAGAUUUGGAUUCUGGUGAAAAUGGCAAAAUCACUUACACGAUCACGUCCGGUGACCCGAACAACGACUUCCGGAUAUUCCCCAACGGGACCAUUAUUAGUGUAAAACCUCUGGACAGGGAAACCAUCAGUUUAUAUAAUUUGAUGGUCACUGCUACAGAUCAGGCAUAUUCACCGGAGAAACGGUUGUCAUCCACUGUACAGGUCACCGUCAUAAUAAAGGACGUAAACGACAUGGCUCCAGAAUUCAUCACUCCCAACGAGACAACCGUUAUGGAAAACAUCGCCAAGAACACCAUGGUGAUGGCGAUCAAGGCCCUGGAUAAGGACGAAGGCCGCAACGGUUACAUCGAAUACUCCCUCUCACCAAAUCCAGUUUUCUCUCUUGGAUCAGUGGAUGGCGUCUUAAGAGUAUCCGGAAACAUCGACAGGGAGUUGAGAAACAAUUACACCAUAAUGGUCACCGCUAAAGACCGAGGAGACCCACCGAAAAGUGCCAAUAUGACCAUCAACGUAAAGGUUUUAGAUGAAAACGACAAUAGUCCAGUGUUUGAUCCUAAACAGUAUAGCGCUAGUAUAGCUGAGAACGCUUCUAUUGGCGCUAUGGUGUUACAAGUGUCCGCCACUGAUGUUGACAGCGGUCUAAAUGGAAGGGUUCGCUACUUUAUCAGUCAUGGGGAUGCCAAUAGGGAUUUCAGCAUUGCUGAGGAUACGGGGGUGGUGAGGGUGGCCAAGAAUCUCAACUACGAGAGAAGAUCCAAGUACGUUCUCACUGUGAAAGCCGAGGAUUGCGCCGGGGAUAUUAGUGAGGGCGUUGUGAGGUCUGAUACUGCGGAAAUCACUAUUUUGGUGUCAGAUAUAAACGAUAACCCACCCACAUUCCUGGACUCGCCGUACUUAGCCUACGUCAUGGAAAACGUCAUUCCUCCCAACGGAGGUUACGUUAUCACCGUCAAGGCCUACGAUGCCGACACCCCUCCUUUUAAUAAUUUAGUGAGGUACUUUAUUAAAGAGGGCGACACCGAUAUCUUCAGGAUAAACGCCUCUACUGGAGACAUUUCUCUUCUGCGGGCCUUAGAUCGGGAGAUCCAGGAGGAGUACGUCUUGAGCCUGGUCGCUAUGGAUACCGGUUCCCCACCCCUUACUGGCAGCGGCACCCUACGCAUUAUAGUCCAAGACAUCAACGAUCAUAGUCCAGAAUUCAAAAGGCAGUCUUACUAUGCAACCAUUAAGGAAAACUCACCUAUCGGUAGCUGGGUGCUGACCGCUAUGGCCACCGACAAGGAUAUUGGCCUAAAUGCCAAAAUUCGUUAUAGUUUAUUGGGUGAUAAGAUUGAUGGCUUCAAAGUGGAUCAGGAUACAGGAGUGAUCACCACCAAUGGAAUCCUGGAUAGGGAAGACGUGGAGUCGUACUUUCUCACUCUAAUGGCUCAGGAUUGUUCGGCCACCGAACCCAGAGCCACUGCCGUCAAUUUGACCGUCAACGUUCUGGAUGAGAACGAUAAUUCUCCGGUUUUCACUCAACCGAAAUACGAAGUGUAUAUUUCGGAUAAGACCAAGGCCUCCGAUUUCGUUUUUGGUGCCUACGCUACAGAUCAGGACUCAGGAUUGAAUAGUAGGAUAACUUACGUGCUGACCGGAGAGCAUUCGCAUAAUUUCACAAUUAACGAGAGUACGGGGGUGAUAAGGGCGGUGUAUGACCUGCAGAGGUCUUCAACGAAGGUUUUCAACUUGGAAAUUGAGGCUAAGGAUGGUGGGAAGCCCGCUAGGAGGACCAGUACCGAGCUAAGGGUUCAUUUGAAACCUGACCAUCUAUUUCCAAGAUGGACCCCGACCGGCUACACCCACUUCGUUCUACCAGAAAACUUGAAAGAAGGCAAAGUGGUGGCCAAAUUUACGGCCACCUCCCCUAAGAAAGGCCCUAGUGGAGACGUCAAUUAUGCCAUAGCAGGUGGUAACGUAGGUGAUUCCCUAAAAAUCGACCGAAACUCCGGCGAAAUCCAAAUAGCUGGAAAAGGUCUGGAUUAUGAAACGGCGAAGACUUACGAGGUCUGGAUAGAGGCUCAGGAUAACGAUUUGCCACCAUUGAGGAGCGUUUUGAGGUUAACCAUCAACGUCACUGAUUUUAAUGAUAACACUCCCGUCAUGAAAAACCAGCUCUAUAAUGCAACUGUUCUUGAAGGUGAAAUGUAUCCACUGUUGGUAACCCAAAUUGCGGCAACCGAUAGGGAUUCAGGAAAAAAUGGGGAAAUUCUCUAUAGGCUCCAAGACGAUUUUGAUGGUACUUUUGCCAUCGAUGGUCCUAGUGGAGAGAUUUACACUCAAGCCAAGCUGGAUAGGGAGAGUGUGGCCAGUUAUGAGUUGACGGUAAUUGCAGAAGAUCAGGGAACACCUCAGCUAAGUGGUACCUCAACUGUUCUGGUGACGGUUCUGGAUAAAAACGAUAAUCCUCCAAGGUUCACAAGGCUUUUCAGUGUAAACGUUACGGAAAAUGCUGAAAUCGGUUCGUUUGUUAUAAGGGUGACCAGUUCAGAUCAGGAUAUUGGCGAGAAUGCCAAUGUUACUUAUAGUUUCACUGAAAAUCCUGGAGAAAAGUUUAAAAUUGAUCGUGUUAGUGGAAAUGUUACUGUUGUGGGCCAUCUGGAUCGGGAACAACAAGACGAAUACUUACUAAAAGUAGCAGCGUUCGACGGCGCCUGGCAAUCCGAAACUCCUCUGACCAUCACCAUACAGGACCAGAACGACAACGCUCCCGAAUUCGAACAGUCUUACUACAGCUUCAACUUCCCCGAACUCCAACGGGAUAUCGUCUUCGUUGGCCAAGUGAUUGCGGCAGACAGAGACAAACAAGGUCCAAACUCAGUCAUCAGCUACAGCUUACAACAACCUAGCGAUAUGUUUACCGUUGAUCCUGCCUCCGGAGAGAUAUUUAGUAAAAGAAGCAUUCGCUACAAAUACACCCAAAUGGAAACUUCUCCAGAGAACACCUACUCCUUAACAAUCCUGGCCACAGACAAUGGAAAACCCCCUAUGUCCUCCGAAUGUACCGUCACUAUCAACGUGGUCGAUGCCAACAACAAUGCUCCGCAGUUCGAGCAGGAGGAAUAUCUUUCUCCGGUACCCCAGGAGGCAUUGCCUGGACAACAGCUAUUGCAAGUCAUGGCUAAGGAUGAGUUCGAUGCAGGAGUGAAUGCUGAAAUUGAAUAUUCUAUCGUGGGUGGCAAUGGUACCGGACAUUUUGGGGUGGAUAGGAACACUGGAUGGAUUGCUCUUAAGCAAAAGGUCCAAGGUGUCGGCUCUGUAUACACCCUCCGUCUUCGGGCAACAGACAAAGGCAUCCCACCCCAAACCGACGAGACCGUCGUGACCAUCAUAGUAACCGGUGAAAACCGGUUCUCACCAGUUUUUAACGCCCUAAGCUACCAAGUGAUCGUGCCAGAAAACGAACCCUUAGGCUCCACCAUUCUUAUCGUAAACGCGACCGACAAAGACAACGGACCUAACGGCAUGAUCCGAUACGAAAUCUCAUCUGGAAACGAGGAAAAAGACUUCGGAAUCGAUCCGAUCACCGGAUCCGUCACGAUCUUGCAACCCCUGGAUUACGAUACGGUCCAGGCGUAUUAUUUGAACAUUAUCGCUCGAGAUUUGGGAUUUAAACCGAAACAAGCGACGGCUGUUUUAGCGAUAAUAUUAACGGACAUAAACGAUAACAGUCCGGUGUUUAAUCAGAGCUUGUAUGACGCUUUCGUGUCGGAAAAUAUGGAUCCUGGCACGUUUGUCUUCCAGGCGGUUGCCACCGAUAUCGACUCUCCAAAGAAUGCCAUUAUUUCCUACUCGAUUUCUGAGGGACCUGACAAGGAGGCCUUCUCCAUUGACCAAAAGACUGGAAAAAUAACUUCCACAGUCUCGUUUGAUUAUGAGGAGAAAACCACUUAUACCCUAACCAUUGUCGCUUCGAACCCUGAUUCGAAUAUGGCAGGCGAAACAACUCUUCAGAUCCACAUAAACGGGGUGAACGAAUAUUAUCCUAAGUUUGUCCAGUCGGCUUUCCACUUUGAUGUCUCUGAGAGCACAGAGAUCGGCACGAAAAUCGGCACAGUCUUGGCCACAGAUCAGGAUUCUGGUGAGGACGGAAAAGUCUAUUAUCUCCUGGUGGGUUCCAGUAACGACAGGGGAUUCAGCAUUAACAGCGAGUCGGGAGCCAUCAGCGUAUCCAGAAACCUGGACAGGGAGACUCAGAACCGGAUAGUGCUGACCGUCAUGGCAAAGAACGCCGGAGGAAUCAGAGGAAACGAUACCGAUGAGGCACAAGUGAUUGUUACCGUGCAAGACGGAAAUGAUCCUCCUGAGUUCCUGCAAGGCAUGUACCAAGCGGAUAUUUCUGAGGCAGCAGCGGUUGGCACUAAAGUGACAACGGUGAAAGCGAUAGACAAGGAUGUGCGCUACCAAAACAACCAGUUCAGUUACUCGAUAAUCGCCGGGAAUGUCGAUCAAGCUUUUAAAGUCGAUCCGCAAUCUGGAGAUAUCCAGUCGUCCAAAGAACUGGACAGGGAAACGAUUUCUAUGUACUCAUUGACUAUUGGGGCAAUAGAUACGGGAUUGCCGCCCCAAACUGGUACCACCACGGUGCAAAUUAACGUUCUGGAUAUAAAUGAUAAUGGACCGAUAUUCGAUCCGCCCCAGGUGGUUGGGAAAGUGUUGGAAAACGAGCCGGCGGGUACGAAAGUGAUGACGUUGAGUGCAAAGGAUCCGGAUUUGCCACCGAAUGGGGCGCCGUUUACUUACAAGUUGGUCGGUGGGAAACAUAAGGAUUACGUUAGGGUGGAUAAGCAUACCGGGGUUGUUGUUACCACUAGAAGUAUUGAUAGAGAGGUCACCCCGGAGCUCCAGAUCGUGAUCGAAGUCGAAGACAGCGGCACCCCGAAACUCAAAAGCCAACACCCGGUAAAAAUCAUCGUCCUGGACGAAAACGAUUCGGAAUCCACCCCACGAUCGGUCCACGUCUUGGUUUACUGCUUUAACGGCGAAUUCCCCACUGGAAUGAUCGCAAACGUUCACCCCAACGAUCCAGACAUCACCGGGGACUACAAGUGUAAGAUUCUCCAAAAAUCCGCCCCGACAGACGUCCUAAACGUCCCCUAUGGAUGUGAUUUACAUGCGAGCAAAGCCACGCCCAACCAAGGAUAUUCCUUAUCCAUAUCUGGACACGAUGGGAAACAUAAAGCGGUCGUGUCGAGUGUUACGGUGGAGUUUAUCGCUUUCGAUAACGUUACGAUAGAGAAUUCGGUUUCUUUGCUGAUUAAGAAUACUUCUGCAGCUGGUUUCUUGGCCAAUAGCUACGCAGGGGUCCAGGAAAUCAUUAAGAAUUCCUUGAGUAGGGAUGAGAGUUUAAUACUGUACAGUUUGAUGGAGAACGAGAUGGGGUUGGAGGUGAACUUGGCGGUGAAGAGCGGAUACGUGUACAAAUCGCGAUUUUACGUCAAAGAUAAGUUGCAGAAGAAGAGGGAAGCUUUGGUGAGCGUGUUGCAAACUGAAGAUGUUAUUAUUGGAUACUCACCCUGUGGAGAGAACACUUGUGCCAAUGGUGGUAUUUGCACCGAAUCUCUGAUGGUAAAACGCACCACAAAAAUCACCGAUAGUCAAACGAUGAUAUUCACAUCCCCACUGGUGGUCCACGAAUACCAGUGCCAAUGUAUGGACGGUUUCACUGGACCAACGUGCGACAAAAGACAGGAUCCUUGUUUGCCCAACCCGUGUCAGAACAACGGCCAAUGCAGGAGACAAGGAUUCAAUUAUUACUGCGUAUGUCCGCACGACAAGGAUGGCAAGAAUUGCGAGACGGAACGUGGAGACGUUUGCUCGGAAAAUCCAUGCCAGAAUGGAGGUACUUGCAAGGAGAGUCCUGAUGGAUCGAGUUUCUUCUGUUUGUGUCGCUCCGGCUAUAGAGGUAACCAGUGCGAAGCCCUGGCAGACUCCUGUCGCCCCAACCCCUGUCUCCACGGCGGACUCUGCGUUAGUCUCAUGCCCGGCUACAAGUGCAGCUGCACCGAUGGUCGCUACGGUAGACACUGCGAGAAGUCCACCUACGGCUUCCAAGAACUAUCCUACAUGAUGUUCCCGUCACUAGAUGCCACCACCAACGAUAUCUCUUUCGUUUUCGCCACCACCAAGCCGGAUUCAUUGCUGAUCUAUAACUACGGUCUACAGACGCUGGGCAGAAGCGAUUUCGUCGCUAUAGAGCUGGUUAAAGGGAGGGCGGUGUUCAGCUUCGGUGGAGCUAGGACAGCUAUUACAGCAAUCAGCGCUGCCGGGAAAAACAACGAUAAUUUAGCCGAUGGAAAUUGGUAUAAGAUCACCGCAACUAGGAAUGGAAAAGUGAUAUCGCUUAACGUGGGCAGCUGUAAUGAAAACGGGGAUGUUUGCGAGGACUGUAGACCGAACGAAGGAGAAUGCUAUACGGAAAAUAGCGGAGACACUGGCACCUUAAAUUUCAACAACCAUCCUGUAUAUAUCGGAGGCCUAAAUAGUCCUGAUCCAGUCCUGGAACGUCCGGGACAAAUACACUCGGACGAUUUUGUCGGGUGCGUUCAUAGUGUAUCAAUAAAUGGACGUCAAUUGAACUUGAGCCACCCGAUACAAGCUGAAGGGAUCGAGAAUAAAUGCACCAGGAGCCAGAGCUGCGGCAAAGGUGGAGUGGAUCCUUGUGGAGGCGCUGGCACGUGCAUAGACAGAUGGAGCCACCCGAUCUGCUCCUGCGGGAACCACUUGUUAGCACCCAACUGUCAAAACGCCUUACAACCGGUUAGUCUAGCAGACGGUGCCUUCCUGGAAUUCUCCAUAACCAAGAAACACAAGCGGAUGCAACUGUUGGAGAACAUGUACUUGGGCACUACUUUAUGGAGUCACCAAAGAAGGACCGUCAGGUCGACCCAGUUAGAGGAUCUGCACCAAGUGUCUGCCAGAUCUACCCAAUCCACUCCGGAUAAGAGCAUUAGUCUAUUGUUCAGAGUGCACAACCCCAAUGGGGUACUGUUCUAUGCUACAUCGAACAAGCAUUACACCUCCGUAGAGCUUGUCAAUGGAUUGAUUGUCUACAGCAGUAAGACGUCUACGGUCGUGAACAUGACUGAUGCGCAUGAGUCGGUCACAGAUGGCGCCUGGCACAAUUUGACUUUGCACGUGAGGAUGAGGAGUUUGCAAGUUAUUUUGGAUGGUCGAAGGAUAGGAGAAGAACUAGACUCGGCAGGUGUCCACGACUUCCUGGAUCCCUACCUCACCUACAUGUCCCUAGGGGGCGUCCAACGUGGACUGUAUUACGUCAACAACACCUUUCCCACCUCGUUCGAGGGCUGCCUGGCAAACUUCACCAUCAACAGGGAAAUCCAACCGUUCAACGGCUCCGGCACCAUCUUUUCAAAGGUUAUUAGCAAAGGAAAAGUGAUCCAAGGAUGCAACGGAGCCCUAGGUGUUGGACAGGCGGCGAUCCAAGAUCCGCUCAGUAUUGGAAUCACUUUGGUCAUAGUGUUCUUCGUGGUGCUUCUGGUGGCCAUCCUGGUCUCUUUUGUUGUGUUUAGAUUGCGGAAGCAGUACAAGGAAAAAGGUGGAGGUCCAGGUGGGUCCAACGGGAUCCAUUCGAAACAAAAUGGCGGCCCCAAUAUGGGUGGAGUGGGAAUGAGCGUGGUGGGGGACAGUGUCUUAUCUAGGGGACUGCAUGGGAUUGAUAAUACGAUGAGUUAUCAUACCGAGGGGGAUGUUAUUAGAGGCAUUGGAGGUCAUAGUUUGGUUGGUCCCGAGCUGGUGCCUAAGAAGUUUAAAGAAAGGGAUAUUUUACAAGGUAACGACCCACCAAGACCUCAACGUCCGGACAUCAUCGAGCGCGAAGUGGUGACGAAAUCUCCACCAAUGCGAGAAGACCAUCACCCCCCACUACCUCCGUCCUCCAGCCACACUCAUGACCACGCGAGCAACGACCUCAACUCGGAAAUGCCCGAGCACUACGACCUGGAGAACGCGAGCAGCAUCGCGCCCUCUGACAUCGACAUCGUGUACCACUACAAAGGAUUCCGCGAAGGCGGCGGUGUGCGGAAGUACAAAGCGACGCCGCCCAAUGUUGCCGGAUAUCAUCAUAAGCAUGGCAACGCCGGUGCGCAGGCGCAGCAUAGGCAUUCUCCCCAUCAUUCGACUGGUUUUCCUCCAAGGGCGCCACCUCCAGUGGCAACGCCGACAAAUCGCCCCCACCAGUCGACGCCGCUGGCGAGGUUGAGUCCGAGCAGCGAAAUGUCUGCGCAACAGCCCCGGAUACUGACGCUGCACGACAUUAGCGGGAAACCGCUCCAAAGCGCCCUAUUGGCCACCACGUCGAGUAGUGGGGGGGUCGGUAAGGACGUGUUGCAUAGCAACAGUGAGAGGAGUCUUAAUAGUCCUGUGAUGUCGCAGCUGAGCGGUCAAAGUAGUAAUAGGAAAGUAGCCGUCCCUCCUGCAGUAACCUCUACCUCGCCCGCCAUGGGCUUAACAGCAGAAGAGAUCGAAAGACUGAACCAAAGACCGCGCAAUUCCAGUUUGGUUUCGACGUUGGACGCUGUCUCCAGUAGCAGCGAAGCCCCAAGGGUCGGAGGAACAAACCAUUUGAGUAAUCAUAUGCGUAGCCAUAGUCCAGUGCCGGAGACUCACCACAGUUCCUCCAGUACAGACGAGAGCGGCAACGACUCGUUCACCUGCUCGGAGAUCGAGUACGACAAUGCGAGUUUACCGGGCGACGACGACAACAACAAGUACAAGAGACCGGGCGAGUUGGAGUCGAGGAGGAACGACUCGGGCAGCGGGGUGAAGAGCAACAUCCCCCCGCCCUCUUACGACGGCUUCGAUUCGUCGUAUAGGGGCUCAAUGAGCACACUGGUGGCCUCCGAUGACGAUUUGGGGGGGCCGCUCUACAGGCCCGGCACCGGGAGUCCCCCCACCACCGCCUUAGGCUGGGACUAUUUACUAAAUUGGGGCCCGAAUUUCGAAAGUUUAGCAGGAGUAUUUAAGGACAUUGCCGAACUGCCGGACGGUGUAAAUAGUAGAGUGCCAAAUUCGCUUAGGUUAUCGAACAAUAAUAAUAAACCGAGCGAAGAGUAUGUGUAAAAAAAGUGAUCUUGUGCCGUAUUUAUGUAUUUUUUUUGUGCCUUAUUAGAUUGAUUUUUGUGCCUGUUUUUGGGUUUGGUCCGUCGAAGUUGAUUUUCUUCGAUAGGGGCAGGCCCGGUAUACCUCUUAAUGUAAUAGACCCCCUUAAAGACUGUUUAUUUAAUUUAUAAUAUUAUUUUUAUUGCAAUAUGUUUAUAGAAAAACCCAGUUAUGUACGGGGGUAUUUCAGAGUAAGUAAGUAUUAUCAGACCUUUUUAGGCGGCCCCUGUAUAUGUUCCAUAAGAAAUUUCAUAAUAGAUAGUUCUUGCAUCAAGAGCCAGCAACAAAUCAAUUAUAUUAGUAAACGAUAAUUAAUUUGUUCUUGCCAUAUUUUUUUUUAAAUGUAAUUAUUAUAUAAAAUACUUAUUUGUACAAAGACGUAUUCCUAUUGUUGAAAGACUUGAUAGAUUGUAAAUAAUAGUCGUUUUUACCUCUUAAGUGUGAAAAGAGUCAUCCGUUGUAGAAAAAUUGUAAAAAGUUCUUAAUAAUAAUAAAGUAAACACGAUUUAAAAAUA